CCGGCGGAGGCGCAGGGAAGAUGGCGGAGUCCGGCGGGGCCGAGUUCGCCUUGGAGCGGCCGAGCAGCAUGGCUGACAAGAACAGCGCCCUGAAAUGCACGUUCUCUGCUCCUGGCCACAGCACCACUCUCCUGCAAGGAUUGGCCUCGCUCCGGGCUCAGGCUCAGCUGCUUGAUGUCAUCCUCACUAUAAAUAACGAAGCGUUUCAGGUUCAUAAAGUUGUCUUGGCUGCCUGCAGUGACUACUUCAGGGCAAUGUUCACAGGAGGGAUGAGAGAAACCAACCAAGAUGUGAUUGAACUGAAAGGGGUUUCUGCGAAAGGACUGAAACACAUAAUAGACUUUGCUUAUAGCGCUGAAGUGACUCUCGAUCUUGAUUGUAUUCAGGAUGUGCUGGGAGCUGCAGUCUUCCUCCAGAUGGUGCCUGUGGUGGACCUCUGUGAAGAGUUCUUGAAGUCUGCGAUGAGUGUUGAAACCUGUCUUAAUAUCGGGCAGAUGGCCACCACCUUCAGUCUUGCGUCCUUGAAGGAAUCAGUGGACGCAUUCACCUUUAGGCACUUUCUUCAGAUUUCUGAGGAAGAGGACUUUCUCCACCUGCCCCUGGAGCGCCUUGUCUUUUUCCUGCAGAGCAAUAAACUGAAGAGCUGCAGUGAAAUAGACCUCUUCCAUGCUGCCAUCCGCUGGCUGCAGUAUGACCAGUCCCGCCGGGCCAACGCCAGCCAGGUGCUCUGCCACAUUCGCUUCCCGCUCAUGAAAUCGUCCGAGCUGGUGGACAGCGUGCAGACCCUGGACAUCAUGGUGGAAGAUGUCUUGUGCCGGCAGUAUUUGCUGGAGGCAUUCAACUACCAGAUCCUGCCCUUCCGCCAGCAUGAGAUGCAGUCUCCUCGAACUACCAUCCGCUCAGACGUCCUGUCCCUCAUCACCUUUGGCGGCACCCCGUACACUGACAACGACCGGACUGUGAGCGGCAAAGUGUAUUACUUGCCGGACACCAACGUGCGUCAGUUCAAGGAGCUCACUGAGAUGGAGGUGGGCAGCAGCCAUGCCUGUGUUGCUGUGCUCGACAACUUUGUCUACGUUGUGGGGGGGCAGCAUCUGCAGUACCGCAGUGGGGAGGGAGCUGUCGAUAUCUGCUACCGCUAUGACCCUCACUUGAACCAGUGGCUGCGCAUCCAAGCCAUGCAAGAGAGCAGGAUACAAUUUCAGCUGAACGUCCUGUACGGCGUGGUGUAUGCCACGGGUGGGAGGAACCGGUCAGGGAGCCUGGCCUCCGUAGAGAAGUACUGUCCCAAAAAGAAUGAGUGGACCUACGUGUGUUCUCUCAAACGCAGGACGUGGGGGCAUGCUGGGGCCACAGGGGGAGGCAAACUGUACAUAUCGGGUGGAUAUGGAAUAUCAGUGGAAGACAAAAAAGCCCUGCAUUGUUAUGACCCAGCAGUUGAUCAAUGGGAGUUUAAAACCCCAAUGAAUGAACCCAGAGUCCUGCAUGCCAUGGUCAGUGCAAAUACAAGGAUUUAUGCCCUAGGAGGGCGCAUGGACCAUGUUGACCGUUGUUUUGAUGUAUUGGCUGUGGAAUAUUAUGUGCCUGAAACUGACCAAUGGACAACCGUGAACCCUAUGCGGGCAGGUCAGUCAGAAGCUGGUUGUUGCUUGUUAGAAAAGAAGAUCUAUAUUGUGGGAGGGUACAACUGGCACCUGAACAAUGUAACGAGCAUCGUGCAAGUGUAUAACACGGAAACGGAUGAAUGGGAAAGGGACCUGCAUUUCCCAGAGUCGUUUGCUGGCAUAGCAUGUGCUCCAGUUAUACUACCACAAAUAACAACCCAGAGAUAACCA